UAGCAUUUCAUGGAGUUAUACACGUCGUCGUGGUGGCUCUGGCCAGAAAAUGCAGUGAAAAGCGCGUGAAAAGUGCCCCAAGUGCCGUGCAGCAGCACUCAAGCUGUCGUGACAGAGUGGCGUGAGAUGUGAGAAUAGGUAUGAAUUCGCAGAAUCAAAGGUGCUAAUCGAUUUUUGCCAGUGCGGUCGCGGAGAAAAGACGUACAAUUAACAUACAAUCGACACGGAGAGCUUUAUUCCCAAUAUCAUUUUUCGUAAAAGCGCGCAGAAUGACGAAAGAUCACACGACUUACGCCACGGCGACGUUUUACACGGAAACUCCGCCGUCAUCCAAGUCGGAACCCUCGGAGGAUGAGGAGAGGAAGACGAGUCCCGACGAGGAGACGAGUCACAAGUACGAGUCCCUCUUUGCCAGCUUCUCCAAUCAUCUGCGCAUCCUGGACGAGGAGCUGUGCAUCGAGAAGAAUUACAGGAAUGUGCAAUUGACGGAGAUCAUUACGGCACUGCUCAGCGUGGAGGCGAAGCUGAGGCGCGAGCAGAAGCGCAUCAAGCAGAAGUUGUCCGAGAAGGAUGAACAGAUAAGUUACCAACUGAAUGAAAUUGAGAACUACAAGAUCGCCAGGAGACUCUGCUCCAAGUGCUCGCGUUCGCUGUCAUCGGACAGAUCGCGCGACGUCGAGACACAAACGGAGAGGCAACAGGAAGACUUUAAGAUUGAGAACAUCAAUCAUCGUGUAACGAUAACAACGAUCAACAACGAGAAUGAGGCGCCGCAGACGACCAAUUGCAUCUACGUCAGUGGCGAGAGCGACGACAGGAUGCAGAGGCUGCGGCCGGAGAAGCCCAAGCCGCCCAUCGCGAAGAUCCGCACUGUGAAACCGCUGGCGAAUUGCGAGGAGAUUCCCGCGGCUGUGGAGCAGCCGGAGGUCACGGACGAUUGGUACUCGAGCAGUGAUAUUGAGGACAACGAGUGCCUGUCGACGAAUCUGUACGAUCGCAGUGUUAAUCCCGUCCUCGAGUGUGUUAAUCAGAUACUUCUGCAGCAGUCCAUUGAGGGCAAUCUCGAGUCCACGCGGAGUUAUGACGAGGUGAAGCCGCGGCGGGUGCAGUUCUCCACGCAGAACUGCCUUGUGGCGGUGCCCAGCAAUCAUGCCCAGUGCGAGAAGGAGGAGGAGGAGCGGCUGAACGGCCGGGAGGAGGCGCAAGCGACGGAGAAUGAGUACGAGUUCAUCGGCUCGGAGGUGGAGAAGGAGUCCAGUCUGUAUGUGGACAUGGACAGGAAGUCCUUUCAGGCGCCGGCGAGGAGUAUCGUGAAGACCGUGGAGCCGGCGAAGACGCCGCCGGCACUGCCGCCGAAGCCGGCGAAUCUCAUGAAGUUCCGGAAGGUGAUGAAGCCCAACAAGGUGCUGAUCAAGGUGAGCACGCCGGUGAAGCAGCUGGCCGUGGAGCCGGACUACUGCUCGAUAGCCAGCGUGUCGGAGAAGAGCAAGUCGGACUGCGAUGACUUCGAGAGCAUUCCCAAGUUGCCGAAUGUGGCGGCGAUUCUGGUGCCCAAGCGCGCCGAUGCGGGCUCCAUGGGACGGUUCAUCAACAAAGACAACUACGUGACGAAGACGGUGAUGAACAUCCAAAGCAGCGCGACAGCGAAAGAGCCAAACAACAAUGUUAACAAUAAGAGUCCCAAUCAGCAAGUUCAUCAGAGUGUGGUGGAGAUCCCGUUCAGCGCGAAGAUCUUCGAAGAGCGCAUUCCCAUUCAGGCGGAGUUCGAUUGGUACAAUCUGGACGCGGAGUAUGGGAAGUUCAAUCAGGCGGACGUCAUCAAAGAGACGUCCGACUCCAGCGAGACGGAAACGGCCGUGUCCAUCAUUCAGAGUCCCACGGAUCGCUACUACAUGCGCAAUCCCAUCGCCAAGCAGGCCAUCGUGAGCGGCGGCCUGGCGAAGAAGGCAGGAAGCGAAGUGCACUUGUGUUGAUAUCUAAUGUAUACAAUUUAGGACGAUAAGUACUUUUUAUAGCGUUUAAACACACACGAAAAGACAGGAACUAUAUAGUAAUGAUAAUAGCUGAAAUCCGCGGGGCGGUGAGUGAAGAUUGAUGAGCAGUGCCUUGAAGACCAACAUAUCAAAAUCUAACAGUUUAAAUAUCACUUGACUCGCCGCGCCCUGCAUAAAUUAACUGCAUUGUGACUUUUCUACCUUAUUUUGUAUUUAUUUCACAUCCACGAUCAUAUUUAAAAUAUACUCGUGCCUGCGCCCCUCUUAAUUUAUUGAUAGAAACUGUAUUUUUCUGUACAUUUCUCAUGCAACGAAAUAAAUUUCAUGUG